AUGGCGACGCGCGGCUAUCUUCGCAAGGUGGCAGCAUGGAGAAGGAUGACAAGGUUGAGGCCAAACAAGCAAGCAUUGGCCUUGUAUAACAACCUGACUGGUAGGGCAUGGAGGGAUGCGGAAGAACUCGACUUAGCCUUGUUGGAUAGUGAGCAUGGGGUGGAUGUUUUCACUCAGUGGGUCUCCGAGAAGUAUCUAGACAAGGAGGUUGUCAAGGUUGGCAAGUGUAUGUUGGAAUUCUUCAAGUAUCUCAAGAAGGGGCACGGCCAAGAGAUUCGUGACUUUAACCAGGAAUAUGACAGACAGGUCUCACGUCUCAAAGAAGUUGGUUGUAAUCUCCCUGACCUAUGCCUGGCUUGGUUCUAUGUGGAUAAGCUCCGUCUUGAGAAUGACGCUGAACUCAACCUUCUAUCCUCUACUGGCAAUAGAUAUGAACUCUCCAAACUUCAAGAUGCUGCUGUGGUUCAAGAUCGUAUGAACCGACGUCUAUGGGAACCUCGUAAACACGGGGAAAAGGACAGGAAGAAGCCACAGAACAAAGCUCCUGUCCAAUCUGCCCAGGUUCUACAUGUUUGCGAAGCUUUUCACGUUGGAAGCCUCGAGACUUCAGAGAUCGUGGCAAUCACCGAUUGCGCCUGCAGCCGAUCUGUUGCUGGAAGUGAGUGGAUCAAGCGCCUGCGUCAGAAUGCAUUGGCCAAAGGCCAUCAAUUUGAAGUAGUUCAACAACAUGAGCAUUUCAAGUUUGGUGGAGACAAGUUGUUCCUCUCCAAGAGAGCAUGGUGUUUUUGGCUGAACGUACAUGGCAAGUGGUUUAUUUUGAAGGUGUCUGAACUGGACACAGAUGUGCCCCUUUUGCUGAGCCGUCCAGUGUUGGCCCAAUUGGGCAUGCGAUAUGAUUUGCCCGCCAAUACGGCAUCCUUCGAAGCACUUAGUUUGUUUGAUGUUCCUUUGCAAACCACUUUGACUGGCCUCCCUGCGGUGCCGGUCGCUUGUGGUUCUGGCCCUGCCCCACGAUGGCCAAAGAGCAUUCAGUGGGAUCUGGUUGAGAUCUACGUACCUUCCGAGAGUGUGGCAUACAUGGUGCGUCAUGAGGGUGAUGUUGUAGAGGUCCCCAAGAAGUUGUUCUACCCCAAGAAGUUGGAUCCCCUGGUUCUCAACAAACUAUCUGCUGAACAUCUUUGCCCAGAAUGGUUUCGGGGUUGGUGGCGUGACAACGAGGUUUUGAGGGAUUUUUGGAUUGAAGGUGAUCUCUACAUGGACCGUAUUCAUGUGAUGUCCCACCAAGUCUCGGUAUGGAAGAUGCGGCGUGCCGAGCUUCUGGGUGCCUUGACCGACAUGAAGGUGAAGUACGAGCCGAGCAUGUCAGUGCCGGAGUUGAGGUCACUGUUGAUGGAGACCCGGGGGCCUCAAAGGAAGACCAGUUUGGGUCUGACCAAAUGCACCCUGGAACAACUGAAGGAGAAGUGCUUGGAGGAGGGGCUGGAGAUACCACCAAAGGCAACGCAGGGUCUUCUGAUGAGGAUGCUGCGGGCUCGUAUGGAAACUACGGCGG